GUAAAUCUUUGUUGUGAAUGAAGGCUUGUUGAUACCAGUAAUUAGUUGGAUGUUUUUUAGAUCCGAAAUUAACUCCCAAAGCAGAUACCCCUUCCAGUGACCAAGUUUAUUACAGACUCGUGCUUAAGGCGUAUAGAGUUUUCGACAGUUCAUGUUAUAAUAUAAACAACGUCCUCGUUUUCAAAGACUUUGAACUUUGCAUGGAUACCGAAUUACACCAACCCAUGAGAGCAGUUUUAUGAAAGUCGAUUGGAUUGCUGUAUGCAGAUACCAACGCUCGAGCAGCGCCUAUCAAAGUAUCUAGUACAAAAUGGCACGUCCGCUUGUUGAAGAACUAGCACGGAUAUCCGAAACUGAAUUACAUGAAGUACCGAAGAGAGUUCCGGAUGACAUGAUAUACAUUCGGAACUGGAUGAGGGAACAACCCCAUCUUCCGGUAAACAUUGACGAUAAUUUAUUGCUAUCACUUCUUCGUCUGAGCAAAUUCAGUAUGGAACUGACAAAAAGACGUGUCGAUGAGUAUUUUACAAUUAAGACACUUGCACGAGAAAUGUUUACCAACAGAGAUCCCUUUUUACCAGAAAUACAAGCAGUGCUAAAAGCUGGCGCUAUACUUCCUUUACCAAAACCUACCGAUCGAAGCUCCCGGAUUAUAUUGUACAAUUACAGUAAUAAUCUAAAUCCCGAUAUAAUGUCCUUAAAAAAUAUAUUGAAAGUGGGAGGAAUGCUUUCAGAUAUUCUGUUGCGUGAGGAUGACUACGCGGUUGUCGCCGGUAUUACAAACUGGACAAAUUGUAAAGAUUUUCCUGUUAAAUAUAUAGGAGAAUUAACACCGGCCUUCUUCGGCAAAUAUGCGCGCGUCAUAGACGAAGCAUUUCCGCUGCGUGUCACUGGGAUAUACAUUACGAGUUGUCCGAAGAUACUGGAAUCUGCAUUUAAUCUUGGAAGAGGCUUCUUGUCCAAAAAGAUAAACGAAAGGGUGUCUCUCUUCAGCGAGGCAAAUUUUCAAGAACUGCACAAGAAAAUACCACUACAUCUUUUGCCGGAAGAGUACGGUGGAACAAAUGGGUCGGUGAAGAAACUAACAGAGAUAUGGAAAGACAAAAUCGAAAGUCACAGAGAUUUUUUUCUUGAGGAUGAAGAAUUUAGGACCGAUGAAAGUUUAAGGAUAGGGUUGCCAAAGACAAACUCGGAUUUGUAUGGUUUAGAAGGAUCGUUUAGGCAGUUGUUAAUCGAUUAGCAAAAUACACAUUUCAUGUCUUUAUAUAAUAUAAAAUGGUUCUGUA